AUGAAUUAACCACAAUAGCAAGGUGGCGCAGGAAACUGCAUGGACGAUUUGAAGAGAUGGUGGACAACUGUUCCAUUUGGUUCUAAGCUAAUUUACUAUGUUACUUUAGGAUUAUUCUUUUUGAACAUGUUCACUGGUGUUUACAAAUAUUUAUACAAUUCUCCUGAUUUUAUUUUAAGAUUUUAAGUGUGGAGAAUGUUUACUACUUAGUUUGUUGAUGAAUUGAUGGGAACUAUUUUCGGACUCUUAUCUCUUACAUUCACUGCUAUAGCACUUGAAAGAUCUAUUGGAACAGUCACAUUUAUUCUAGAUUUCAUGUUUAAAAACUUUUUGAUUUAAUUGCUUAAUUUCAUCAUAUUAAUUAUGUUGAACUUAGCUUUUAAAACUGGAACAAACAUCCCAUCAUUUGGAUUAUUUAAUAUAGUUAUACUCUACAUGAGUUUAAGAUGCUUCUCUGACCCAGAAACCUCAUCCAAUUUUAUGUGCUUCCCGAUUUAAAUAAAAAAUAAAUUUUAGCCAUUUGCUAUCCUUCUCUUCUUUACUUUGCUUUCUGGAUCUCUUAGAUUCGAUUUCGUAGCAGCUGUUAUUUUAGGCUAUGUUGAAGUAAAAUUCUAUGGAGGCAUGAUGCUUAGACUCUCAGAACAAAGAAUAGCUUCAUUAAAAAACAACUUUAUUUUCAAGCCUAUGACUAGUCGUUCUGAUUUUGUAGAAUAAGGUGGAUCUUUCCUUGUUCAAACUAAUGCUUAAAACUAAAACCAACAGCCUGCACCUUCAGCCUCUAAUUUUUCUGGUAGAGGAGUCAGCAUUGGAGGUGAUCCAUUAUAGUAAGCUUCUUCUUCUUCAUAAUAGCCAUAAAGUAGACCUAAUUAACAGCAAUAUGUUAUCAAUCCUUCUCAGGACUAAAAUUCAUAGGCAGGUGGUUAAUUCUAGCAAUUUGCAGGAAAAGGUGUUUCUAUUGGAGGUGGAGCUACUGCAGCAAACACAUUAUCUAUCUAACAGUAAAGAGAAUUGCAAUUAAAAAGACUAUAACAAUAAUAGGAAUCAGAGUAUGUUGAAAAUAAAUUAGAAAUGGACACAAAUGUAGACUCUUCUAAUGAUUCUAAUAAUAAUAGCAAUCAAGCUGCAGCAAAUCGUAAUGAAUAAAAGAACCAAACUAAAAAAGAUGGAUAUUCAGUUCUCAAUGAAGAUUUACUUUGA